AUGGCCACAUAUGUUGCAAUCCGAGUGAAAAUUUUCAAGCAAAAGUUGAAGCUACCAAAUGGAAAACGAUACGAGAUAAACGACCCAGAGAUACCUGACCUACCUAUUGAAGUACUCAGUCAGUCACGCAGGGAAUGGUCCGGGGUGAUCCAGAAAGUUUAUAAAGGAUUUGAGAAACUCAAACAUACCACAACGGUUAACAUCUAUUCACCUUUCUAUGAUUCAUUAUGCGGAGUAGGAACUCUCAUUAAUGAUGAAAUCUAUGUUAUCAUGGGUACAUUUGGUCAUGGGGGACUUAAUUUUGAAUUCUGUGAUUGGCAUCAUUCAUGGAAGACCGUCACACCGAAGCAAAGAAAAGGACUCAGAUACUGGUAUGCUGAAAACUGUAGUUGUCAGAUUGAUACCUGUGGAUUACAGCAUCCAUGUCGGGAAGCGGAACCAAACACCUUACCUAGUAGUUGUGAAUGGGAUGCGUGGCAUAGUAGAUGUACCAAUCAACAUACAGCAUGCGUAAUGACUGCACAAGGCUGCCAAUGGCAUCAAUCAAAAGACUUAAAACAGUGUUUGAAAUCACCUUGAUAUGGAUCAACUCACUGAACACUACUCUACACUCAAGUGUUUAACACCUUAAGCAUGUGAUGACACCUUUACCAUCAUUCAUCCUUCAGCUGGCAAAGAUCUUUAUAAAAUGGAUCAAAUUUAUAUGUUUUGGGUGAAAUUUCCAUUUAAAACUGAAGUUAUGGCUUAAACCUCUGAGUGUCUGAGGGUGCAUAUUUUUUUUUUAUAACUACACAUUUCACUUUAAAGGAACUGCUCCUCACAUGUUUUUAGAUGAAAUAAACAAAUCAUAUGUUUAAAAGGAAUAUUCUUCCUGAAGCAGUCUGAGGCUAAGAGUUGUGCAUUUCAAAGCAACGCCAUUCCAGAAGCCUUUUAUUUUCUCUAUGUUAUUUAUUUAUGAAAAUUCAUGAUUUCACUUCACUAUGUAAGUCAAGGAAAUCCAUCUUUAAGUCCAAAUAGUACAUCAAAACUUAAGUUUUUCCCCAAAAAAGAAUGAGUUGGGGAAACUAGACACACAUUUUAUUUUUUAUGAAGUCAUAUAUGUAAGUAUUUUAAAUUAAAAAUUUAGGUAUCAUGGAAUCAAAAUCAGCAUUAGAAAUGAUAGCCUGCAAUGUGUCUUAUUAACAAAUUAUUCAUUCAUAACCAUAUGCAUUAUUUCUCUAUUUGAGAUAUCUUUAAAACAUGUUAAAAUGUGAAUAUGCCUUGAUAUAAAUUAAUCUUUACAUUUUGUAUUACAAACUGUACAUAAGGGAUGAAAAAAUAGAUGUUUAAGAGCUGUUUUUUGUUUUGUCUUUUAACAUGUAUAUUGUAUAAUUUUGUAUAAAAAUGUUUUUAUAUACACAUUUUUCUAUUUCUUCAUAUUUUGCUUUGUCUAUUCUUCAUUGCUUUUAGUAGAAAAUUUUGUGAACUCAACCUUUGUUUCAAAAUGAUUGUAAACAUUCACACUGAAAACUUAAUUCAACAAUGAAAAAAAAUCCAAUGAAUCCUCAUUGGAACUUCUAAAUAAACAUCCUUCAUUGAAUAUCUUUGCAUACAAUGUGGGUUUAUUAUAGGGACUGAACAAAGACUAGACAGUAAUCACACUUAACAUGCUAACAAAGAAAAACAAAUAGCAGUUUGUGUAAAUCAUACAAAGUAAUCUUCUUAUUUUCUAUCUUAUAACUUUGUAAAUGUUUUUUCAAUGUUAUCAUGUACCAUGUGCAAUGUGCUAAAUACUGUAUAAUCAUUAUAUUGUGAUGUGAUGUUUGUGCUAUUUUAUUUGAUGUGUUUGUAAAUUAAUAAAUGAUGGAGAGGCAUAUAUGAAGGUAGGAGAAUUAAAAAGAGACAAAAAGUAAAGAUUGCUGAUGGAAAAAUAAAGUUAUCAAUAAUGAAGCAACACCAUGGAAAUAAUUGAAUUUAAUAGUGAAAAUCAACUUAUAAAAUUUCAUAUUUUGUAUCAACCAACAUAUUAAAAAUACAUGUAGCAAUGACAUAUUUCCCACUCUGUAAAAACUGAAGUGCUAAUUUAGCACUUACAGUGCUUGUAUAGUGACUGCACUACGAGUGCUGAUUUUCUAGUUUAAAUUUGAACUAGAAAAUUAGCACUCGUAGUUCAGUCAGUAUGCAAGCACUGUAAGUGCUAAAUUAGCACUUCAUAUUUUACAGUGCAAAUGAAUGUGUGUUCAAAUCAUACUUAUUGAUCUUAAUAAGAUGGUUACUACAGAUUUAUAGUUAAAUAAUGCAGAUAUCACCUGAAUAAAUGUACUCUUUGUCUUUAAUUGCAUUUUCAGGGAAAUUAAGAUCUGUUUAAUGAUAGAGUAAUCAUAAUGCAAUAAUAAAGGUAUGGACAUGUAUCAUAGAACACAUAUUCUAAACAUGAUUUCCAUGGGAAACUUAGAGAUCGUAUGCAUAUUAGUGUUCAACAAGUUCCAAUUUUUGAUCAAUUUGGAAGGUGAAAGAGGAAAAGGUUCAUUCAUGUUGUAUAUUCUGCUUUGUGCACUUAUCAGUAACAUUUAUCAUGUCUUUUUACAAGCCUUCUUCUUUUCUAUUAUAAAAUAAACAUUUUGAAAAACUAACAAAA